GGCGCUCCACCUGCCUUGCCCCGGACACAGCCCCGGGGUGAAGCGUCCAGGGACCACCCCAAGUCAAUAUUGGGAUUUUUAAUAAACCAAGGAAUGGGAUUUUAAUUAUUUAAAACCCAGCUCCUCUGGGCCAGAUGCUGUUGGGAUGGUCCUAAUCACACAAUAUUAAAGAGACCCAUCACUAAGAGGACGAGAAAAGCGUCCGAGAACAGCGUCCGAGACAUCCGUUGCAAUUACGAAUGAACCAGAGACCUGCUAGCACGGGGCAUUGAUUGCUGGUGCCCAACCGGACCCUCCUCCCCUCUCCCCGUUCCUCCCCCCACCCGAGGCAGGCUCCGGCGGCGGCCGGGACCUCGCGUCCCUACAUCGUGGCCGGGGCCGCAUUUUUCAUGAGCCCGGGGUGAACAGGUGCGAAGUGCGCUGGGAGCAUCCAGCCAGCGACCGGGAGCGGGGAACAUGGAGAGCGAGCGCGACAUGUACCGCCAGUUCCAGGACUGGUGCCUCAGGACUUACGGGGACUCAGGCAAGACCAAGACGGUGACCCGUAAGAAAUACGAGCGGAUCGUCCAGCUCCUCAACGGCUCCGAGUCGAGCUCCACGGACAACGCCAAAUUUAAAUUCUGGGUCAAAUCGAAGGGCUUCCAGCUGGGCCAGCCGGACGAGGUCCGCGGGGGCGGCGGCUGCGCCAAGCAAGUGCUUUACGUGCCGGUCAAGACCACGGAUGGUGUAGGGGUAGAUGAGAAGCUGUCUUUGCGGCGGGUAGCUGUGGUUGAAGAUUUCUUUGACAUUAUCUAUUCGAUGCAUGUGGAAACAGGGCCAAAUGGAGAACAAAUUCGGAAACAUGCUGGACAAAAGAGAACUUACAAAGCAAUUUCAGAGAGCUAUGCCUUCUUACCAAGAGAAGCGGUGACACGGUUUCUAAUGAGCUGCUCAGAGUGCCAGAAAAGAAUGCAUUUAAACCCAGAUGGAACAGAUCACAAAGAUAAUGGAAAACCUCCGACUUUGGUGACCAGCAUGAUUGACUACAACAUGCCAAUUACCAUGGCCUACAUGAAGCACAUGAAGUUGCAGCUGCUGAACUCACAGCAAGAUGAGGAUGAAAGUUCAAUAGAAAGCGAUGAAUUUGAUAUGAGCGAUUCAACACGGAUGUCAGCCGUGAACUCUGAUCUUAGCUCCAAUCUUGAGGAGAGAAUGCAGAGUCCUCAGGCUCUUCAUGGGCAGCAAGAUGAUGAUUCUGCUGCAGAGAGCUUUAAUGGCAAUGAGACUCUGGGGCACAGUUCAAUUGCUUCAGGGGGAACACACAGCAGGGAUAUGGGUGACUCCAAUGGCGAUGGCAAAACUGGGCUGGAGCAGGACGAGCAGCCACUGAACCUGAGUGACAGCCCCCUCUCCGCUCAGCUGACUUCGGAAUACAGAAUAGAUGACCACAGCAGUAAUGGAAAAAACAAAUAUAAGAAUCUUCUGAUUUCUGACCUCAAGAUGGAACAAGAGACGAGAGAAAAUGGAAGCAAGUCUCCCGCACACAGCUACUCAAGCUACGACUCUGGCAAAAAUGAGAGUGUAGACCGAGGUGCCGAGGACCUGUCUCUAAACAGGGGCGAUGAGGAUGAAGACGACCACGAUGACCACGACGAUUCUGAGAAAGUUAACGAGACUGAUGGCGUUGAGGCAGAGCGGCUGAAAGCUUUCAAUAUGUUUGUCAGGCUGUUUGUAGAUGAAAACUUGGACCGAAUGGUCCCAAUCUCUAAGCAGCCCAAAGAAAAGAUCCAGGCUAUCAUUGACUCAUGCAGGCGACAGUUCCCUGAGUAUCAAGAGCGUGCCAGAAAACGUAUACGUACUUACCUCAAGUCCUGCAGGCGGAUGAAAAGAAGUGGUUUUGAGAUGUCUCGACCUAUUCCUUCCCACCUGACUUCAGCAGUUGCAGAGAGUAUCUUGGCUUCAGCCUGUGAGAGUGAGAGCAGAAAUGCCGCCAAGAGGAUGCGCCUGGACAGACAACAGGACGAAUCUGCCCCAGCUGACAAACAGUGUAAACCAGAGGCGGCCCAGGCCACUUACUCAACCUCAGCUGUUUCAGGCUCCCAGGAGGUGUUGUACAUCAACGGCAAUGGGACCUACAGUUACCAUAGUUACAGAGGUCUAGGAGGGGGACUGCUUAAUCUGAAUGAUGCUUCCAGUAGUGGACCCACCGAUCUCAGCAUGAAGAGGCAGUUGGCGACUAGCUCAGGAUCCUCCAGCAGUUCAAGCUCCAGACCCCAGCUGAGUCCAACCGAAAUCAAUGCCGUGAGACAGCUCGUUGCAGGAUAUCGAGAAUCAGCUGCAUUUUUAUUGCGUUCUGCAGAUGAACUGGAAAAUCUUAUUUUACAACAGAACUGAGUCAAAUGACGAUCCUAUUCACUGAGGUCUAAAUUUGCAGUUUCCACUAAUGACAUUUUGAUUUCCCAGCAGAGAUGCUUCUGGUCUUACUGCACAGUCUUAAGAGAAAUACUUCCAUUAUGCCACAUUGUCCUUGAUCCAUAAAGUGAUGUGUUAAGGUGCUUCAAAGGAAGUCUGACCUCUGAAGUACUUGAGAUACAGUAAUGUGUCCAGCUCACUGCUUUUUGUUUUAGUUUGUCAGCAUAAAUAUCAGGGGUAAAUAAAGGCUGUAUAUUCCUAAUUCAAGGAUAAAACAGAAGAAACGUGUGGUAUUGAUAGUUCAAGAUUCAACUGAAAUAUUAGUGGAAUCUGCUACUGACUUAUUGAACUGAAAGUUGCAGUAUCUGGCAAAAAAACAAAAAAACAAAAGCCAAAUUUCUUGUUGCUACAGGAUAUAACAACAAUGAGACGGAUCUUGUAUUUUAAAAAAAUAUAUAUGUAGUUUUUAUAAAAAGAAAACUUGUUUUUCAUUCAAAAUGGUCAUUUUUACUUUGGUAACUUUUUCAUAGGUCCUAAAAAAAACUGUUUUGAAAAACUACUGUAAGUACCUUUUCCACAUCCCUUUGCCUUCUCCUCUUUCCAAAUUCUUUCUACAAAAAUAACGAUGCUGGAAAACAAAUCCUUGCUACGUUCUUUAAAUCGUCACAUCAGGAAGUACUUCCAAGAGAAGCCUGCGUUUCUGCACCCGUGCUCAUCAACCCACUCAACAUUGCAGUUGCGCCAUAGCGGUUUUCAUCACAGAAUUUUUUAAUAUUAAAAAAGACAUAUCAUUGAAAAAAAAAAAUAUCACACCUUGGUUCCUUACAGCUGCUUGCCCGGGAUUGACGCUGCUGUCUUAUAGGCAUGCCUCCAGCAGCAAUGGGAUGUAGAUGGCUGAAUGUUAAGAGGUUGCAAGUGACAAUCUGAAAAUGUGCACUCAUGUGGUUUUUCUUUCUCGGUUUCAGAAAUCGUUUCCAAAAAAAAGACCGUUCCCCUCUCCUGAUAGGAUUUGUAUAAUUUACAAUUCUAGGUGAAAAUGAUGUAAAGAACUCUCAGUGGAUGCAGCUGCAACUUUAAAUGAACUGCCCCAUCCUAUCCACCCCCCCCCCACUUUGUCCUUCUUUCUUAUUUUAUAGUGUUGGAUACACAUGAAUGGUGUUUUCUUUGUGCACUGAGGCAAGCUUAUUUUUAAAAUAUUUAGGGAGGAGUACAUCUGUUUAUGCUUCUUGUACGAUUCUUUUUCUGUUGUUUAGCUUUGGUUGGAUUACAGAUUCUCUGUGCAUUCCUGGAUUUGCCUUAUUUCAUGUAGAACUUAUGUCAUUCCAUUUUUGGUAAUGAGUUUAAGGCAUCAGUGAUAUUUCUUAUCUACUUGUUACAUAUAGUUUUUCAAGUAAUGACUGUGAUUGUGACCAAGUAAUGUGCACUUUUUCUUGUAACUGUGGACAUUGCUAUGCUUUUUUCUUCUAGUGUUUCUAGAAUUACUGUUCCUUACAGUUACGUAAGCAAAACAAACAAAAAAACAAACAAAAAAAAAGAACUUUUGUGAUACUGUUGGUGAAUAUAAUGUGAAUAUCUUAUUGAAAUAUGAGUAUUUUGGAAAUACAUAGAUGCACAAACAUCUUUUAAGGUGUGGAUUUAGAGUUUGCUUAUUUAAAUGAAAAUUCAAAAAUCGAGGGCUGGU